CGGCGAAUUUCUUAAACUGUAGUUGGAAUGUUAGAUUAAUAUAUUGAUUUGUUUAUUUUCUGUAUUUGCUGAGGAAGAUGAAUCUUACUCAUAUAUUUGGGAAAUCUUUGAAUUUUCAAAUCACUAGGAAUGUAUUCACACAAAAUGAAAUAUCUGUAUUUAAACGCUUUAAUAUUUUUAACAGAGCAUAUCAUUCGGACAGUUUUUCGGUCAUUGGCUCUGAACCGGACAGGCAUUCUGCUGAAUUCAUGGAGAAUUAUUCAAAAAUGCAAGCCUUAGUGAAUGAUUUAAAGCAAGUUGUAUACAAGAUUUCCCAAGGUGGGGGUGAGAAAGCCAUUUCCCGCCACACAUCCAAAGGCAAGAUGCUGGUUAGAGAAAGGAUAGCAAAUCUCAUUGAUACUGGAUCUCCUUUUUUAGAAAUAGGACAAUUAGCUGCCUAUAAUCUUUAUGGUUCAGAAGAAGUUCCAGCUGCCGGUAUCGUGACUGGUGUUGGAAUUAUACGUGGUGUGAAAUGUAUGGUGAUUGCCAAUGAUGCAACUGUAAAAGGAGGAACUUACUAUCCUGUGACUGUUAAAAAACAUUUAAGGGCCCAAGAAAUUGCUCAAGAAAAUAAACUUCCUUGUAUUUAUCUGGUUGAUUCAGGAGGUGCAAAUUUACCUCGUCAAGCUGAUGUCUUUCCGGAUAUAACACAUUUUGGUAGGAUUUUUUAUAAUCAAGCUGUAAUGUCUGCUCAAGGAAUACCACAGAUAGCUGUUGUGAUGGGCAGUUGUACUGCUGGAGGUGCUUAUGUUCCAGCAAUGGCUGAUGAAAGCAUUAUCGUUAAACAGCAAGGAACAAUAUUUCUAGGUGGCCCACCUUUGGUGAAAGCAGCAACUGGAGAAGAAAUAUCUUCUGAAGACUUAGGUGGUGCUGAUUUACAUUGCAGGAAAUCAGGAGUUACAGAUUAUUAUGCAACAGAUGAUGAACAUGCUUUACAUUUAACACGUAGAAUAGUGAAUAAUCUCAACAGAAAGCAACCUGUUCAUGAAAAUGUUACUGUUGUGAAAUAUGAAGAGCCAAAGUUUCCUGCUCAUGAUCUGUAUGGCAUUGUUGGGGAAAACUGAAAAGACUUUUGAUGUUCGGAAGUAAUAGCUAGGAUAGUGGAUGGAAGUGAAUUUGACGAAUUCAAAGCAUUGUAUGGAGAUACAUUAGUAACAGGAUUUGGUCGUCUUUAUGGAUAUCCUGUAGGUGUAAUAGGAAACAAUGGUGUGUUAUUUUCAGAAUCUGCAUUAAAGGGCACACAUUUUAUUGAACUGUGUUGCAAAAGAAAGAUUCCCUUAAUAUUUCUUCAGAAUAUAACUGGAUUCAUGGUUGGAAGGGAAGCAGAAGCUGGAGGAAUUGCAAAACAUGGUGCCAAAAUGGUUACAGCUGUAGCUUGUGCUAAAGUUCCUAAAUUGACUUUGAUAAUUGGUGGUUCAUAUGGUGCUGGAAAUUAUGGCAUGUGUGGUAGAGCUUAUUCCCCAAGAUUCCUUUACAUGUGGCCAAAUGCAAGAAUUUCUGUAAUGGGAGGAGAACAAGCAGCAAAUGUCCUAGCUCAGAUUACUCGAGACCAGCGUCAAAGAGAAGGAAAAUCUUGGACUGAUGAAGAAGAACGUGCUUUGAAAAACCCUAUCAUUGAAAGAUUUGAAGAAGAAGGGCAUCCUUAUUACUCAUCUGCUAGGUUAUGGGACGAUGGAAUUAUUGACCCAGUAGACACAAGAAAAGUCCUUGGACUCAGUUUAAGUGCAGCUCUGAAUGCACACAUUGAAGACACUACAUUUGGGGUCUUUAGAAUGUAAGAAGAAGAAAAACUGUUAUAUUGUACAUAUUAUUACUACAUUUAUUUUAUAUAAUAAAAAUAUUAUGAAAUAUU